AUGGCAAAGAAAUAUUAUACCGACAUUGAAUUAGAAGAAAUUCUUUGUAGAAGCGACGACAGCGACGAAGAAUACGAAGCGUUUCCUUCAAACGACGAACUAUCUGAAGCUGAAAAUCAAGAGGAAAGCCAAAGAAAUUAUAUGAUGGAAAUUGACUCGAGCUCUAGCAGUGAAGAUGAAGAAACCCCUCGUCCUCCACAAGGCAGAUUUGACUGUGACGUUUCUAAUGAAGACGAAAUUUUAGAAGCUGAAGAAUUACAAAAAGUUGGUACCAGUUCAACUUCUUGUAAUUCUUCAGCUCAACAAAAAAGUUUAGAUAAAUUGGUGAAAGACGAUUUUGUCAUCGUGAAGUUUGAAAUCACUUCAUCAAAAAGAAAUUUAUAUUACGUUGGACAGAUAAUAAGGGCACAACGCGUAACGAAAGAUUUGUUCAAGGGAAGUGAACAAAAAAAUCAGAUUGCUUCGAAAGCGAAUAAAUAUCAGCCAAAGAAAAAAACCAAGAAAGUAUUAGAAAAAUGGUAUUGUCACGUUUGUGAUGAAGAUGAAGUGGCAAAUAUGCGACUAUGCAAUAUGUGUCUUCGGUAUGUUCACGAAGAUUGUGUAGGUUUAACCGUGAAGGAUAAAGAAUCUUUCUUUAUAUGUCCCUCGUGUUCUGACUGA